GAGGCAUGGUUUGAAACGCUUUGUCCUCCAUCGCGAGGAGUACAGUACCAGCCCUCGCCAGCUCAAGAGCCGCUCCCAUUCGCCUUGCACAUCGUACGAGCGAGCGAUCAAGACCAGGAAUGCCACGGACGGUGCCUACCACACGGGGCCAGGGAUCAACACAUGGUCGAUCAGAAAGAUGAGAAGGGAGACACGCCACGGCAUUUUGCGCUUCGUUUGGAUAGGACGACAUGGCUACCGCUUUGCUCGAUGCAGGCGUCGACUGAGAGAUCUUGGACAACAGUGGGUUUUACUCGCCGUUGCCCCUCGCGAUCAGAUACCUCUCUCCCCGCAUACUGGGCUGCUACACCUUGGGCGUGGACGUCAAUGCAAGAGAUGUAGAUGGAGAUGCAGAAGACGGAGAAUUGCCGCUGGCAAGUUGCACCCUGCGAGAGCAAAGGGCCAUACCGUACACCCCUCGUUGAGGCAUGUCACCAGCGGGCCCGUCGACGGUGCUCGCGAGGCUCUCUCUUGCUCAACACACACUGGCGCCGAUCCCAACUCUGCACACACACCACUGGGACCCCGGAGCCCUCGCCUCGUGUUGUCACCGCGACGAACAGAAACGAGAGCGCGGCGAUGAUCGGGCACGCUCCUCAGCCACGGAGCGCGGGUCGACGCGGAAGACACCCAUCAUUCUUUUUAUUGAAAAGAAAAGCCUUCCUCUGGUCUGCGACUGGGGACUGCGCAGGCGUCGAGGCUGCUGAGCCCGAGCACGGGUACGGCGCAUCUAGCUCGACGGCAUGGCACUCCUCUGCGCUGCUGAGGCUGCUGAUAUCGAGGUUGCUCGGACUCUGCGCGAUCGAACGACGAUUGGACGGUGCUGGCAAGGGCUGCGUUCGGUGGGGAUGGUGAUCUGGUGAAGCUGUUGAUGGGGCGCGGGACUACUGGCAACCCGACAGCGGCUGGCGACUGGACGUUCCAGUUUGAUGCAG